CGCAGGACCUCCUUAGACCUCUGUAAUACAUUCUUAACAGUAGCAGGAUACACCCCGCCCCUUCAGUCCUGCCUGACAAGCCAAGAGACUGCGCCUGGCAAGAGAUUAGAACUGCUUUCAGUAACAAACACAACACACUGUGUGGUGGAUAUGGCUGUCAUAUCAGAAGGCAUUAAUCUGUAAUCUCCACUCGGUUUGUGAAUGCGGUUAGAACGGAAUUUAAGGUGUCUACGAGUCCACGUCCUCUCCUAGGAGAAGAGUCCAGGACUGUUUACCACACAUGAAGAGCUUUUAAGGAAUAAUAUUUGUGGGAUUUCCCUCACUGAGCCGAUAUGGUGCUCCCCGGCUGGCAUAACUCUGUGGUGCUGAUCUGCAUGUCCAUCGCCCUCGUUGGAGCUAACAGUUUUUUAGCCAGAUUGCCUCCACCAGUAAACCUCAACCUGUCAUGGGACAACCAAAACAAGUUGUCUAUAACUGUCAUCUGGAGAGAACCAGCUGGCUUGGACACAAAAUGUAUAGUGAAUUAUAGUGUAGCAAUAUAUAAUGAGAAGAAAUGUCCUCCCAAAAAAAAUGCUUCAUAUAUAUUGCGAACAAAGAGUUUGAGCUAUACAUAUUCCAUUUCUAAAGAGGAUGCAAUAUGUGUUGGCAUAACAACAAACCCAGAGGUCUGUGAAAACAAAAGUGCCAGCAAAGAAGUAUACAAAGAUUUACCUCCACCAUUAGCUUUAGUGAAGAACUUCAGAUGUUUGUAUUAUGCUACUAAAAAGAUGAACUGCACAUGGAAUGUAGUCAAAAAUAUCCCUGACCUUCAGCUCUUUUACAGGAUAGGAAAAAAGGAAGCCCUAAAGAGUUGUAUAUCAUAUCUCACUUCUGGACACAAUAAGACAGGCUGUCACAUGCAUGAUGAAGAACUUGCGUCUGACGCAGAGGUUUUCUUUUUCAUCAAUGGAACUGGUGAAACUCUUCUGAUUAACAAGUUUUUAAUAGACAUACGUGUCUCAGCAGUGAAACCUCCUAAGCCAAAAGUCAGUAUCACACAGGAAGGUGAAUACCUCUGGUUUCAAGCAAUCAUUCCAAAUUUUCUACCACCACAAUGUUUAAAAUACAAGUUUGUGUACUCCAAAUGCAAUGAACAGAGUGAACAACCACCAGGUAACUCAUCAUUACAUGUGGGCUAUGACAUUGCCUGCAAGUACACUGUUCGAGUGCAGGUCAUAUACUCUAACUGCUGUGGGGGGGAACAUGACAUUGUGAGUGACAUGAGCGAACCUGAGUGUUAUGGUGAGGAUAGGGACCCAAAUUUGGCAUUUAAAGUGGCCAUGAUUGUCACCCCUUUAAUAGUGUGCUGCUGUCUCAUUGCAGCUCUACUGAUGUUUAGAAGAGUCAAGGAUAUCAUUCUCCCAAAGAUUCCUGAACCAUCGCUGUUUUUUAAGGAUAUGCUUAACAGCACUUCUGAUGGAUUUUCCAAGAGCCUCAGUGGAGGAAAACUCUAUGAGCCUGUCAAAGAUAUUGUGGCAAGUCAUGUGUACCUGGAACCAAAAUCUAUCCUUUCACCCAAUGAUACCUGCAUCUUACAUGAGAAUUAUCCAAUUGACCACGGAACAAAAAAUGGUGUGGGCAAUUCUGAGAAUGUAGUGGGCAAAAAAGAAAACGUGACAAUGUUUUGCGGAUACUGGACUGUUGACUUGAUGCGUCUAAUAUGUGUCUCCGUCAUGCUGUCUGGAGUCGCCACGGAGUCGGCAAGACGUCCACCACCCACACUACAGAUCAUUCAGAAAGGAAAUGUUCUCCAGUUUCGUGCAAGUCCCCCUAACUCAUCUUCACCUCAAUGCUGGAAAUAUUUGUUUCAGUACAGAAAAUGCAACGAGAAGCCAUACAUUAUAAAUGUAACUAUUGAAGACAAUUGGAUAGCCACAGUGGGAUACGAUGCUGCCUGCAAGUAUACAGUUCAAGUGCAGGCAAAAUAUGAUACAAUCUACUGUGGGGAAAGCGACCAUGACAGUGACAUGAGCAGUCCUGUGAAUUUUGGUUGGAAUGGUAAUCCAAAUUUGCCAUUUAUAGUGGUGAUGGUCGUUAUCCCUGUCAUAGUGUGCUUGUGUCUUAUCCUUGCUAUAAUGCUGUUUAGGAGACACAGGGACAAAUUUCUCCCCAAAAUUCCCAAUCCAUCACAUUUCUUCAAGGAUAUGUAUAACAACAAAAUGGAAAUAACACAGGGCCUGUAUACGAAAGAACUCUAUGUGCCUAAUGAAGAGGUGAUGGAUGAGCUUCAUGUGGAACCAAACACUGCACACCUACAUCACGAAUUCUAAUCUGUAAAACAACAGAAAGGAUGAAAGAUUUCUAGAUGAAGAUACCUACUCGGCAAGAGGAGGAAAACACUACAAGGUUGCAAAUGCACUGUUACCCAAACACUAAACCCAGUGCAGUCAAAAUAUACUGCUGUGAAUGUUCUUGAGCUACAGUUAA